AUGGUCCGGAUCAAACACCGCUACCUCCUCUUCAACAUCCUCUACCCCUCCGCUCCCACGUCCUCCUCCAUACCAGCACCAGCACCAGCACCAGCGCUAGGACCAGGCUCAACACCGAAAGAAGCACCAACACCACCGGCGGCUGCUUACAUCCUCUUCCUGCGCCCAUCGCCGGGCCACCUCACGCCCGCUCUCCUAGUGACGCAUGUGCGCAACCAGAUCCAGACGCUGUUCGGCGACCACGGCGUGUCCGUGACGCAGUCCUCGCUGCGGCUCGUGUACUUCUCGCCCUCGACCUCGACGGGGAUUCUGCGCGUGCCCCGCGCGCACUUCCGUCUCGUGUGGGCGAGCCUGACUUUUCUCACCAAUAUCCCUCCUCCCAGUACUUCUCGGGCCGGCGGCGGCGCAGGAGGGAGAAGAGGUGGCAGAGAAGUCGUCGACGCUACAGCAGCACGUCCGGAACUGGCUUGUGUGGUCCGGGUGGUCAGGGUGAGCGGGACGAUCAGGAAGAGUGAGGAGGAACUGCUCAGACGGGCGAGGAGGGAGGUCGUCCGGGCCAAGCUGCAGGGCCGAAGUACAGGUGAAGAAGGCGAUAAUGAUACGGUCCUGGAAGGAAUCUUUGCAGGGCAGAACGGGAGGGGACCGCGGAAGGGGAAAGAGAAGGCUGAUGCUGUCGGGUUCAUGGGCGCGGAGGAAGAAAGCAUUGUGGAUUUUGACGAGGACGAGGAGGACUUUGAAAAUGAUUCGGGUUGA